UGGGCGACGUGGACGAACAGGAUCGGGUUCCCGGUCAUGGGCGUGUGGGAGGACGGCAGCGACGGCACGGACGUCAACGCCGGCGCCAACGGCCUCGACGGCGCCGGAUACUGCGUCACCGCGGACGACUUCGGUAAGGUGAAGCUGUUCAACUACCCGUGCGUGUUCAACGACGCGCCGUACCGGGAGUAUAAGGGCCACGCGAGCCACACGAUGUGCGCGCGGUUUAGCUCGGACGACGCGCGACUGUUCAGCGCCGGCGGGAGGGACCGCGCGGUGCUGCAGUUCAAGGCGCGUUCACGUUUACACCGGUCCCCGUACGACCGCGUCGGCGUGGUGAACGCCGUUCCUCGAGGACUUUCUCUCCCGGCGCAUCUCUACGCGCCCCCCCCUCGCUUUCAAUCCCGACACACCGCGACGCCUGCCUUUCAACUCCGCUUCUGA